UCAGGAGACUCAGGUGCUGUAUAUGGGGAGCUUGGACUGGGGUUAUGGAAACACGAGCUCAGCUGCCGCACACACUUAUGGUUUCUACAUAAGCAAAUUGGUAUUGGAGUGGCUUUUACAACAAAUCUCUUCACAUCAGUCAAAGAGAAGAAGACAACAAGGGGUGAACCCAGGACGCCAUGGCCAACAGGGGAAGCUUAAGGGCUAAUGGAGUGGGACAGACGAAAAUCUGCCAGUUCAAGCUGGUGCUUCUUGGAGAUAUGGCGGUUGGAAAGUCCAGUCUAGUACUGCGGUUUGUCAAAGGCCAAUUUGAUGAGUUUCAAGAGACCACCAUAGGCGCUGCCUUUUUGGCACAGUCUGUAUGUCUAGAUGAUACAACGGUGAAGUUUGAGAUCUGGGACACAGCAGGGCAAGAGCGCUACCACAGCCUUGCACCUAUGUACUACAGAGGAGCGCAGGCGGCCAUUGUGGUGUUUGAUAUCACAAAACCGGAGACAUUUGACAGGGCGAAGGCUUGGGUGAAGGAGUUACAGAGACAGGCUAGCCCAAAUAUCGUUAUUGCUUUGGCUGGAAAUAAAUCCGAUUUGGCAGAGAAACGGAUGGUGGAGUAUGAGGAAGCUCAAACUUAUGCAGAAGACACUGGACUCUUAUUCAUGGAAACAUCUGCCAAAACCGCCAUGAAUGUAAAUGAGUUGUUUUUAGCAAUAGCAAAGAAAAUGCCGAAAUCCGAUGCCCAAAACCCCACACACGCGGCCCACAACCGAGGUGUAAAUGUCCAUGGUUCGGAGCAGCAGCCAAGAAGUGGGUGUUGUGGGAACUGAUACUAUACAGCGCAAGAACCCUUCAAUAUGCAUCUUUUACACAACAGUUGUAAACACUGGUCUGCCUGCUGCCUCCUGGUUUUCCACGGCAGGUGGAAUUUGUCUUGAUAUUUUUUCCAGGUUUUUUUUUUUUUUUUUAAUAUCAUACAGUAUUAAGAUGAUGAGUAAAGCAGAAAAAAAGCCUAAACCCACUCAGCCUGCAAACUCCAGAACUAACUUAGGAAAUAGGCAGAAUAAAUGUGCUGCAGAAUUGAGACAUAUGAGACAAUAUUCGCCUAUCCAAACAUGUCCAGUUGGCUGCUAAUAACCCCUACAGCUAAAUCUAAUGUAAUCUCUAUGCUGCACAUGUCUAAAUUAUCGCUCUGUAAUGAGACUACAACUCUGGAUUCCUAAAAAAAAAACAGCAGGCCCAAGUCCAACUGAAUGGGACAGGUGAGAAUUCAGCAGCUCAUCUGGUUUAACCUGGCACAUGGGGAGUGGUGCUUGCGUGGUAUACUUUCAUAUUAAACCUCUACAACUACUGUCCGGUUGAACUUCAAGGAUCAGACAGGAAGAUGACAGUCCUCUCCAACCUUUGUAAGGCCUGUGUGCCAACUGCAUCUCCCUUAGCAAAGAACAAAGCCCUGUGAAAUGAUGGCACUUUACUUACCCUUUAAUACAUUUCUGUUUAUCUGAAAACCCUGAUCUCCUAGUCACCUGCGUGUAAAUUACUCUACUCACAUUGUAAAGCGCAAAAAAAUAGAACAUCUAAACAUGACUUUUGUAUUUGCACCUUCAGAUAAUGUUUUACUUGAAAUAACUCCUAAAUAUUGAUUUUUAAUGUAAGAUUAAAGUGAUGAUCAAAUCCA